UGGACUGAGUCUGGGGGAACGGAAGUUGUGGUGUGGGGUUGGGACCCCAAGGACUCUACAAAUCACUUUGGCUACCAGGGAGCAAUUGUGGGCUGGCCCUUCACAUCAGGCUCAGGCGCAGACUGUAUAGUGUGGCUGACGGGUGAAGAGGCAUUCCUGGAGUGCAUCAAGACUGUGGGCUCUACCAAGAAGAGGACCAGUGCUGGGUUCUGGGGUUAUGGCCAGUGGAUCGUCCAGACCAGCACUCAGCUCUGUGUGGUAUCUCAGCUGCCGACAGAGUGACGUGGACGAAUCAAUGAAACUUGAGCUCUAAGAUACUGACAUUUGUUUUUCUUUGACUUUUUUCACACUGCAGCAUGUAGGCUGAGAUAAUAAUAAUUAUUGCUUAGUUUUCGAUCAUGACAAAAGGU